GGCUGCAGACCACUUUCCAGGAUUUCAAGAUGGCUGCCUCCAUACUCUGACGAUUUUUGAACGUUUCCCCUCGUAUUUUGCGUUAUUCUAGCGUGUUUGUAAACUGUCGACAGCGUCAAAUUAUUGAGAUUGAAGAUACAUCACCAGCAAUUUGAAUUUAUGCUUUUAUUUGCAUAAAGCCACCAAAGAAGUGAAAUGGCAGCCAAGAAUGUUAAGAAGGGAGGAGGAGUUGCCCCGACUGUGCAACAGAUUCAGUCUGAUAUCAUCACCAAAUUGGCAAAUCAGUAUUGGGCUCCUCACAGUAAAGUUCCAAGACUGGAUUACAAUCCAAAGAUAGUUGAGGACAUCUAUACUAAAGAACUAUUGGGAACAAAGUUUUCCAUACGCAGAGUUAUGUUGCUGGAAUUCAGCCAAUACUUGGAAAAUUACCUUUGGCCAAAUUUUGAUCCAGAAAAAAGUUCCCUGGCCCACAUCAUGACAAUGGUCACUAUGGUCAACGAGAAAUUCAGAGAAAGAGUUCCUGCUUGGGAGCCAUUCAAAAACAAUCCCGGGAACUUCCCUGGCUUCUUCAAGCGGGUCCUGAAAGCCUUACUGGAAGAUGAGACGGCUGUGUCGUUGAGGCAGCAGAGGAUCCUUCUCAUAUUUGUCAUUCACUGUUUCAACAGUCUGGAAGUUGAUCUCAUCCGCGAACAAGUCCAACGAUUGGUGUCAUUGCCGAUCUGGAUAUCAAUACUCCCAGGCCGCAGAGACGAAAUAUUCAAAGAAAACCCCAAGUAUAAGAAGUUCUGGAACAUCUUGAAAAAAAAGGACCAAAAAUCUGAUGAAGCCACGUUGGAACAAUUGGAUUUUGAGCGGCGUUUCUUGUCACGGAUAACUCAGAAGUUCUUUGGUAUACUAGACGGCAUUCCCGAAAAAGGUGACUGCUCCACCGACAGAAUCCACUACUGCGAGAGACUCGUCGAGCUCCUGAUUGAUCUUGAAGCAUUGUUACCCACGCGGAGAUUCUUCAAUGUCCUGAUGGAUGAUGCUCAUGUUGUGGUCAAGUGCACCAUGUCAAACCUGGGCAAGAGAGAGGAUGGCAAACUGUUUAGCCAGCUACUUGAGAUGCUGAAGUUCUACGCUGGCUUCGAGAUAAACGAGUCAUCGGGUAAAGCCUUGACGGACGACGACAUGACCGACAUCCACUACAACCGGAUAACAUCACUACAGAAAGCAGCAUUCAAAUACUUCCCUGAACUCCACCGGUUUGCCCUGGCUAAUGUUGCCAGUAUCGAUACCAGGAGUACGUUAUUAAAACAUUUUGAACCACUGAGCAACAAGAUGCUCCAUCAGAUAGCCGCCUAUCUCAAGUUGGUCCCUGAGCCCGAAGACGACAAGGAAGACGUCUAUAACACCGAGUUCUUGCUAGCACUCCUAGUAUCCCGCCACGAGAGGCGGCGCUCCCAGCUUCAGCAGCUGAACGAGAUGCCUCUCUACCCGACCGAGGAGAUAAUCUGGGAUGAGAACAUUGUACCGAUGGAGUAUUUCUCUGGAGAAGGAUGUCUAGCCUUGCCGAAGCUCAACCUCCAGUUCCUCACCCUGCACGACUACUUGCUGAGAAAUUUUAACUUGUUCAGAUUAGAAUCAACAUAUGAAAUCAGACAAGAUAUAGAGGAUGCUGUGAGCCGCAUGAAGCCAUGGAAGGCAGAAGAUGGAAGCUGUACCUUUGGAGGAUGGGCUAGGAUGGCCCAGCCCAUUUCAGCCUUCAAUGUAGUUGAGGUUGCUAAGCCACACAUCGGUGAGAACCACCCUGCUAGAGUGAGAGCUGAUGUCACAAUGACCCUGAAUCUUAGACAUGAAAUCAAGGCCGAAUGGGAAGCCUUGAGAAAACAUGAUGUAGCCUUCCUUAUAACUGUUCGUCCCGAUGUUCCGAUUGGUUAUCGCUACAAGCAUAAUGAACUAUUCAUCCCUCAAGUUGGCCUGGCAUAUGUUCGAGGAUGUGAAAUUGAGGGAAUGCUGGACGCAGAUGGAAAAGUUAUUGAAGAGGGACCAGACCCAAAACCUGAACUGAAGGGUGAAAACAGGACAUACAGGGUAUGGCUUGACCCCAACCAGUAUCAGAAGGACAUGGCAAGCACAGUUGACGGGGGAGAAGACGUGUAUGUCUCAUUCAAUAUUAUCAUGCGGAGGAAACCCAAGGAGAACAACUUCAAGGCGGUACUGGAGACUAUCCGAGAAUUGAUGAAUACUGACUGUGUUGUCCCUGACUGGCUACAUGAUAUCAUUUUGGGUUAUGGUGAUCCUGGAGCUGCACAUUAUUCGAAGAUGAAUGACCAAAUAGCCACCCUAGACUGGAAUGACACCUUCCUGAACAUUGACCAUCUCAAGGCCAGCUUCCCCGAUUACAAGAUCCAAGUGGAAGGAGACAAGGAUAUGCAGGUUCCCCCGUUCAAGAUCACCUUCCCGGUGCACUCUAAGAAGAGGAAGGCAGAUGAUGAGGGCUCGAAGCAGGAUGAGGACACCCUGGUGGUGAAGCCACACACUAUACAAAACAGAGGACCUUAUCCUUAUAACCAGCCUAAAAAGAAUGCUGUUCCUUUCACUGGCACUCAGAUAGAAGCCAUCAGGGCUGGCAUGCAGCCUGGCCUCACAAUGGUCGUGGGUCCACCCGGCACAGGAAAGACCGACGUUGCUGUACAGAUCAUCUCCAACCUGUAUCACAACUUCCCAGAUCAGAGGACGCUGAUUGUGACACAUUCCAACCAGGCUCUGAAUCAACUGUUUGAGAAGAUUAUGGCACUAGAUAUUGAUGAGAGGCAUCUGCUUCGCCUUGGUCAUGGUGAGGAGGCUUUGGAAACAGAGAAAGAUUUCAGCAGAUAUGGACGUGUGAAUUUCGUGCUUGCUCAGAGGUUAGAGCUUCUGGAAGAAGUGGCACGAUUCCAGGAGAGUUUGGGCGUAUCGGGAGAUGUGUCGUACACCUGUGAGACUGCUGGUCACUUCUACCUCUACCAUGUGCUCUCAAGAUGGGAGGAGUACAUGAGUAAAAUCAAAGCACCUGCUGGAAUGUCAGGUGAUGUUACCAAAAUCAAGGAUCUCUUCCCGUUCACGAAGUUCUUCGAGAACGCCCCCCAGCCUAUCUUCAAAGGAAACUCCUAUGAAGAGGAUUUCGACAUUGUUGAAGGCUGCUUCAGACACAUUGCAAGGAUAUUCCAACAGUUGGAGGAGUUCAGAGCAUUUGAGUUGUUGCGGAGUGGCUCUGAUCGUUCCAAGUACUUACUGGUCAAGGAAGCCAGGAUCAUUGCUAUGACAUGUACUCAUGCUGCAUUGAAGAGGAGUGACCUUGUCAGUGUGGGAUUUAAGUAUGACAACAUCUUGAUGGAGGAAUCCGCACAGAUUCUCGAAAUCGAGACCUUCAUCCCGCUACUUCUACAGAAUCCUGAGGAUAACUUCAACAGAUUGAAACGGUGGAUCAUGAUUGGUGAUCACCAUCAGCUGCCGCCCGUCAUCAAAAACAUGGCCUUCCAGAAAUUCUCCAACAUGGAGCAGUCGUUGUUUACGAGGUUUGUGCGGCUGGGUGUGCCGACUGUUGACCUGGAUGCUCAGGGUCGUGCAAGAGGAAGCAUCAGUAACCUGUACAACUGGAGAUACAAGAAGCUGGGAAAUCUCCCUCACAUCAGCACCUGGCCAGAAUACCGGAUGGCAAACCCUGGCCUUGUGUUUGACUUCCAGCUGAUUGAUGUUGGAGACUUCAAUGGAGUUGGUGAAUCGGAACCUAAUCCUUACUUCUACCAGAAUCUUGCAGAAGCGGAGUAUGUAGUUGCCCUCUUCAUGUACAUGAGGUUGAUCGGUUAUCCCGCUGAGAAAAUCUCCAUCUUGACCACUUAUAACGGGCAGAAGCAUCUGAUCAGAGAUGUCAUCAACCAGAGAUGUGGGAAUAAUCCACUCAUUGGAAGACCACACAAGGUGACAACUGUUGACAGAUUCCAGGGACAACAGAAUGACUACAUCCUCCUGUCACUGGUCAGAUCACGAACCGUGGGUCACCUACGCGAUGUCCGGCGAUUAAUUGUGGCAAUGUCCCGAGCAAGGCUUGGCCUGUAUGUCUUUGCGAGAGUUGGCCUGUUCCAGAACUGCUUUGAGCUGACACCAGCAUUCAACCAGUUGAUGCAGCGGCCCCUUAAACUUCACAUCUGCCCAGCAGAGACGUACCCUCCACAGAGAAGUGUGGAGGAGCGCCCACGAGGCCAGGUCAUGGUGAUGGAGGAUAUGCCACACAUGACAGGCUUUGUUUAUGACUUCUACUCUCAGCAGUGUGACUCAUUUCAGAGGCAGAGGAGGUUUGAGUCCAAAAGACUCAAGCAGCCACCACAAGUGAGACAAGGCUCCGAGAAUAAACCAGUUGCGUCCCAGUCAACAGCAGCAGCAGACGACAAAACAUCUGCAAUGGAGGAAACUCCUGUGACAAAACUCACUGAGGAAAAAGAGGAGAACAAAAACAACGAAACUACCACGCCAACAAAAAUCAUUGAAGAAACUGCGGUGGAGAAAGAGGCCAAUGCAGGCUCCGUGAAGACGAAAGAAGCCAGUGACGAGACGUCUGCUCCGGACUCGCCUGUGAAAACAGAGGAAGCAGACGACGGUGCAAGGAAUUCAUCAGAUGAAGAGGUCAUGGAUACGUCAUAAGAAACUUUAUGUGCAAAUGACUUUGUUUAAUUUGUUUCCUACAAAUGUCUGCAAGAUCAUGUUUGUUGUUUUUUCCAAUUUCGGCAGAAGAUAUUUGGUCAAACAACUUGAUACAUGUACACAUGCCUUCACUGAUGUUUGUAAUUGUAUCACUAUUCUACGGAGUGUCCACAAAGAACUUCUUGUCAGAUUUGAUCAGCAAGACGACUCAGGGUUUGGUCAAAUGUAAUGAUUAUUUCUCUGUGAGACAUCCUGUAGUAGAAUCAUGGGGGAGGGACAGCUCGUUCCAUAAAUGCAUUUGAGAAUUUCCCAGAAAAUUCAGAUAGAUUCACAGCAAACAAAACUAUACAUCUACUCUAGGUACAUGUAAUUUGAUAAUGUUUUUCUCUGUAAAUACGAAGUUUCUACUAAGAAAUAAAUCAUCAUCACUGCCAACCUGAACUUGGGAU